GUCAUUGAAGAGAUAUUGAAAAGAAACACAAUGUCUUUUCCAUCAUUCCCCCUGUCCUUACACUAAGCAGUAUCAUCGAGCAGCCUAUGUGAUGAGCAGUGAUAUUCAGGGUCUGUGCCAAUGGUAAUGUCUGUAGACCAUGUGAUGCUAAACUACACAGCUGGUCCUUACAUCCCCAUCCCUUCUUCAUCUUAGGCUGUCAUGGCGACUCCCAAUAACGUUACUCCCACUAACUGCAGCUGGUGGCCCAUUUCAGCCCUUGAGAAUGAUGGAGGAAAACCUAGUGAGGGUGAGGACAACCCUGAACCAUCUAAGCUCAGUCCUAAAUCCAAGGACAGACUUGUUUUAUAUCAUUGGACCCAAUCCUUCAGCUCCCAAAAGAUACGUCUGGUGAUCGCCGAGAAGGGCUUGCCGUGUGACGAGCGAGAUGUUAGCCUGCCUCUCACAGAACACAAGGAGCCUUGGUUCAUGCGUCUCAACCUCGGAGAAGAAGUGCCGGUCGUCAUCCAUUGCGACAACAUCAUCAGUGAUUAUAACCAGAUCGUUGACUACAUAGAAAACAAUUUUGUGGGAGAACUUAUUCCUCAGUUGAUACCUGAAGCCGGGAGUCUUCUCCACACCCGAGUCCUCCAGUACAGAGAAAUCUUAGAGAAUCUACCAAUGGAUGCCUACACACAUGGAUGUAUUCUACACCCGGAACUCACAGUGGAUUCCAUGAUCCCAAAGUACGCCACUGCAGAGAUCCGCCGACAUCUGGAGAAUGCCAGCACUGAACUCCUCAAACUUGAUCACGAAGAACCUCAACUAACAGAGCCUUAUCUUUCCAAACAAAAGAAACUCAUGGCAAAGAUCUUAGAACAUGAUAAUGUGAAUUACCUGAAGAAAAUUCUAAUUGAACUAGCCAUGGUUUUAGACCAGAUUGAAGCCGAGCUGGAAAAGAGAAAAAUAGAAUAUGCAGGUCAAAAAUGUGAACUUUGGCUUUGUGGACCAGUCUUCACCCUAGCCGACAUCCUACUUGGAGCUACAUUGCAUCGACUUAAAUUUCUAGGACUUUCCAGUAAAUAUUGGGAAGAUGGAAGCAGACCAAACUUGCAGUGUUUUUUUGAGAGAAUACAGAAAAGAUAUGCAUUUCGAAGAGUAUUGGGAGAUAUCCACACUACGCUUUUAUCAGCCGUUUUACCCAACGCAUUUCGACUUGUGAAACGAAAACCGCCAUCCUUUUUUGGGGCAUCAUUUCUCAUGGGAUCAUUGGGAGGAAUGGGAUAUUUUGCUUACUGGUACUUGAAGAAAAAAUACAUCUAAUGAUAUGUAAUUGUAUUAGUUUGAUGUGUCUGUGCUAUGUGGUAUUAAUACCUAGUUACAGAAAUCUGAACAACACGUUGACAUGAUACAAAUAUUCUUAAUGCUAAUGUAAACAUUCCAUAUUAGAAAACCUAGAAAAAUAUUGCGACAAAAGAAAAAAAAGAAGCAAAGGUUACAUUUGCAAAUGCCUUUUGUAUGCAAAAACCAACAAAAAGUCAGACUGUUGCGAAAAUAGGUGAAUGCAACGAACGCACUGGAACAAAUCUGCGAAAUUAAAAUAUUUAUAUUUCCCAAAUUACUAGUUCCUAAUUAGAAUCCAUGAAUAUAUGUAUGGUAUGAGCAACUAAAAUCUUUAUUGAUGACCAAAUAUAAGCCAUUACUUUUCUAAAUAAGUUAAAUCCACUCACUUUUAAGUUAUUUUGAAAAUACUGAACAAGAGCACAGUAAAGAUAAUCCCCUUAUGUAAAGCUGGAGAUAACAAAAUGAAUGCAUUAAUUUGUGUUAUUGGAUUUUUUUUAUUCUUUUUAAUUUUCAUUAAAUAUAUUUUUUACUUGAGCUGUUUUUAGAAUGUAUGAUUUUUUUUUGUUGAUGUGUUGUUGAAAACAGCUCCGAUUACUGUCAAAGGUUGUGCCCAUUGCCGUUACCCUUCAUCCAUUUGCAUUCAAGUGUUUCACCACAUUCUGUUCUUGUCACACUGUAUUGAAGACUGUGGUUGGGAUUUUAAUUCCACUUAACCAGAGAAUAAUGUGGUGCCUGUGUGGAUACAUUUUCAUAAAUACUCACAGGGUUCAACACUUUCUCGUGCCUUUUUUUAUGUCAGUAAGAUCAAAUGAAAUUCUACGAAACCAAGAAAGUAUUGCAGAUCUUCAAUA